AAGUGUGCAUUGUGCAGGUCAAAAUAUCACUGAUUUUUUCUCCUGUGUGCUCCCAGGGAAGAUAGUGGCAUUGGUCUCUUCUGAAGAAUUGUGCAAUUGAAGUCUCUUGAGGCAAAGCUAUAUUCGUUCUCUGAGGAUUACAUCUGCCUCUUUGUUGGAGCAAAGACAAGUUUCUGAUUAAAAGUUAUGAUUACAUAUGAGCCAGAUCCUGAUGUUGUUCGUUGGGGUCUCCAUCUUCUUGAUGGUGACUUUUAUCAAAAUUCGGGAUAUUGUGGAACUGUCACCCAACAUGAUACCAGUUACUAUGCUGAUCAAUAUGUCAGAGAAGAUCAUUAUGACAAAAAACAUAGCAGUGUAGAGAAUGAUGAGAUUAUUGCACAUGCCCUUCAGGAAGAAUUAUCACAACUUGCAGUAGCUGAAGCAUCUGGAACUUCCAAUGCUGCUGGGGAAGAGCAUUUGCAAGCAUCCAUUCUUGCACAAGAUUGGCUUGGUCCAUCUAUGAGAAAUUAUAGUUCUGGACAUGAGAGUGGACAGGAAGAGACUGAUGAUAUGGAACCCUCUAGUUCGUGUUCUAGCCCUGAAUUGAAAUCGAACAAUGGGGACGACUGGUCUAACUCCUUGGAGAUAACAGAUGAAUAUUUGCUUGACGGUGAAGUAGGAAAGAGGUUGAAUCAGAUGGUUCCAGUUCCUCAUGUUCCUAGAAUUAACGGAGAAAUCCCAUCUAUUGAUGAAGCAACUUCAGAUCAUCAAAGACUGCUGGACAGAUUGAAAUUAUAUGACUUGGUUGAGCUCAAGGUUCAGGGAGAUGGUAACUGUCAGUUUCGUGCCUUAUCAGAUCAGUUCUAUAGGACUCCUGAGCACCACAAGUUUGUGAGACAACAAAUUGUUGAUCAGCUAAAGUCCCAUCCAGAGAUCUAUGAGGGAUAUGUUCCUAUGGCUUAUAGUGACUACUUGAAAAAGAUGUCCAGGACCGGCGAAUGGGGUGAUCAUGUCACAUUACAAGCUGCUGCAGAUUCAUAUGGCAUUAAGAUAUUUGUCAUAACUUCCUUUAAGGACACCUGUUACAUUGAGAUUCUUCCUAAUAUUCAGAAGUCUAAACGAGUUAUUUUCUUGAGCUUUUGGGCAGAGGUUCAUUAUAACUCAAUUUAUCCAGAAGGAGAUAUGCCUGCAUUCGAAGCUAGAAAAAAGAAAAGGUGGUGGAUCUUUGGAAAUAAGCAUUAGAGCGGAAUGGAUGGAUGUUAAUGGUGAAUACUAAUGGUAGGUUAUAUAUGGUUCCUCUUCCUCCUGCUUUUUGUGUAUAUUUGUUUCACCUUUGGAAGAAGCUUCAGCUUUGAGUUGGCAAUCUACUGCUUGGGGCUUCUGUUGGUGAAUUUUCUGAAGCAGAUUUCGCAUUGUUUGGUAAUGUGAUGGAUGUGAUGAGGGCCUGCAUUUCUCUUACUUUCUCUGCCGCUGCAGCUGCAGAAUAGCUCUUUGGCCUUGUACAUGCCUUCUUUUUUGCAGUACUAGAUUUUCUUUUAUAUAUUUUUUUAUAUGUAAAAAAUCUGAUCUCACUAGUUACUCAUUUAGUGC